AUGAAAAUCGAAGAUACAAGGACCGAAGGUGUUCGGGGUUGGGAAUGCACUCCCACCAGUGAGCAACCACCGAUUCAGGAGGAUUCCAAAAGCUGUCUUCCAGUUGUGCUUAAAGGGUGGAGACGGAAAUCGCUGUAUGCGAUCAUAAUAUUCCUAAUGAUACUUAUAUUUUUGAAUAUCGCCUUUACUUUGUGGAUUAUAAGUACUUUAAGCCUGACAAAGAACGGCCUUGGUCCAAUAACAAUAGUUAAAGAUGGCAUUACUUUAGAUGGUAAAGUAUGGGUUGUCGAAGAUCUUAUAGCGUCGACAAUUUCGUCCCAAACAGCGAAGCCUAUUACAUUACAUUCGCAUCGGAAUUUCACAGUUCUUGUCUCUGAUGACCACCAGGAGCAAUCGAAAUUGAUUUUAAAACGCGACUCCGUGGAAUGUACCGGAAAUGCUUUUGAAGUGAAAGACGCUCAUGGUGACCGUAUAUUCUACGCUUCAAAGGACGAGGUACGCGUAUUCGCAGACGCCCUAGCGGUCGACGGGGCGGGCGGCGUAGGCGUGCGUAGCGCCCUCCAAGCGCCCAUCGUACGUGCACCGCCAGGGUCAAAUUUACAAUUGGAAUCCUUAACACGAAAAUUAGAUCUACGAGCACCACACUCCAUUUAUUUAGAGAGUAGGGCGGGCAGUAUUGAUAUAACUUCACAUAAUAAUAUUAAACUGGAUUCAGUUGUCGGUGCAAUAAAACUAGAUGCCCCGAACAUAAUUAUCGAGAAUCUCAAGGAAGCAACCGCAACGAAAGAGCAGAAAACUUCAAGAAAUAAGAAAGUGUACCAGCUUUGCGCCUGCGCUUCUGGAAAAUUGUUUUUAGCAGCUCCAGACGCACCGUGCUCUAUGCACGAAAUGGAUACAGAGUUGUGUCGAUGA